CCUGUGGACCAAUCAGAACGCGCUGUUCGAGUAAUAGACAAGGGGGGGUCUCUGCAAACUCAGAAAUGUCUCAGUAGUUUGAGAACUCGCGCUCGUUUGUUAAUAACAAUAACGCUGCGAUUAUAAUUCUCGUCACAUAAUGAAAACAACGACCAAGGACCACAAACGAGAAGAGACAUCUGGUUAAUAACAUUUCAUUUCAUCAGUCAUAACAUUUCAUUUCAGUAGCCUACUUACUUUUAUGCUUUUCCUGGAGGGAUACAAAAAAAGAUCAUCGGAGCUUAUGCUUUUUGUUUUUGAUUGUGGAAUAUUUACAUGCAUUUUUAAGCCUGCUGAAGUGCUCAUUUAGUCGCUGCUCUGGAGCAAUGAGCGGCUUGCCAGGGACCGUUCCCAGGAUGCUGCGUCCAUCUCUCUCUCAAAACUAUCCCCGCAGUGGCUUCCCAAUGGAGGUUUCAACUCCGAUGGGUCAGGGUCGAGUCAACCAGCUUGGAGGAGUUUUCAUCAACGGCCGGCCUUUACCAAACCACAUUCGGCAUAAGAUAGUGGAGAUGGCCCAUCACGGGAUCCGGCCCUGCAUGAUAUCCCGCCAGCUCAGAGUCUCUCACGGCUGCGUCUCCAAAAUCCUGUGCCGCUAUCAGGAGACUGGGUCCAUCCGGCCCGGAGCCAUCGGCGGCACUAAAUCCAAGACUUUAUCUCUAGAUGUGGAGAAGCGCGUUGAGGAAUAUAAACGGGAAAAUCCCGGAAUAUUCAGUUGGGAAAUUCGGGAUAAAUUGCUCAAAGAAGGAAUUUGUGACCGGAACAACGUGCCUUCAGUGAGUGCAAUAAGCCGCAUCAUGAGAGGGCGAUAUGGCGCAAGAGGUGACGAGGAGGAGGAGGAGGAUGAAGAGGGCAUCGAGAAGCGCGAGCACGAAGAACACGCCCGCAGGAGCGGACAGAGCAUCGAGGGGAUUCUCGCAGACAGAUUGAGUCCAUCUGAUGAAGGUUCAGAUGUGGAAUCGGAGCCCGAUCUGCCGCUGAAACGGAAACAGCGUCGCAGUCGGACGACAUUUACGGCCGAACAGCUGGAGGAGCUGGAGAGAGCUUUCGAACGCACGCAUUACCCCGAUAUCUACACCAGAGAAGAGCUCGCUCAGAGAGCCAAAAUCACAGAGGCACGAGUGCAGGUGUGGUUCAGUAACAGACGAGCACGAUGGAGGAAGCAGGCGGGAGCCAAUCAGCUCAUGGCGUUCAAUCACCUGAUCCCUGGUGGUUUUUCACAUCCGGCGAUGUCCAGUCUCUCCCCGUAUCAGCUGUCAGAAAGCCCGUACCCUCCCGCUGGCCUUUCUCAAGAUUCGAGUGCUGUACACAGACCUCAGCCGCUCCCGCCGCACUCAGCCCAUCAGAGUGCUGGAGGGGCGGGGCCAGAGGGCGGGGCUUCCUACUGUCUCUCCAGUCGCCAUGGCUACGCAGGAUAUUCAGAUACAUUUGGACCUCAUAACAGUCACGCCAACUCUGCCAUCAACAAUGGACUGUCUUCUCAGGUUAUGGGACUCAUAAGCCCAGCUGGAGUUUCUCAUCAGUCUCAGGCUGAGUUUUCUCUGUCGUCUCUCAGCGGUGCUCUGGAUUCGGGUGGAUCGGUCAGCAGCAGCUGCUCUCAGCGCAUGGAGCCGCUGUCCAGUCUACCUGCCCUCUCCAACCUGCCCAGCCCACAGACCUACAGCUCGGCCUCCUUCUACGGCAUGGAGCACAGCGCCCCCUACCAGUACAGCCAGUACGGACAAAGUAAGAUUCCUUUCAUUAUCUGAGGCCUGAAAUCGCCUGAAUGGGUCGUGCGGCUCAACUGUCCCGAAGCGGGGAUGGCAUAAAAUCCCAAAGUCCUGGAAUGAAGGUUUUCUGCAGACGGAGAUACAAAACUCUUGGCAAUAAAAAUACGACAUCUUUAACACUGGAUGGCACAGCCGGCAGAUCAAAAGAUCUCAAACAUUCCCUUGAACUCUUCUUCAAAAGCCCUUCCAGCAGAAUUAUCCACAAUCACCAGAAAACACAACGAGACAAGCUGAAUCAAAACAAAAAGAGACGUUUUUCACUGAGAAACAUGUUGAAGUGCAAUAU